AGUCAAGCGAAAAGUGACAGAUCAAAAUGAUAUUCAUAAUAAAAACAUAGAGAUUUUCUAUAAAUGGAAUUUAAUUUUUUCUAAAUUAUAUUUUGUGUUUUUUUUGGUAUUGGAACCAGCCUCAAAGUUAUUGCAUAUUUGAGUGCUUUUAUUGAAAUAUUGACGGAUUACGUGUAAAACUUUCCAGCAAAUUAAAUUACAGUGCAGUGAAUUGGAAAUUGUUGAAAACGUGCAGAAUCCGUCGAAUUUGGUUAGAAGUAAACUUCGGACGGGGCCACAUUACAUUGGAAAUUGAUUAAAUCAAUUGCAUAUAUUUGGACAUUUGUACCAGUUUGUAUUUGAUUCCGUGUUUAUUUUGCGUCGCAAAAUUAUGGCAACGAAUAAGCCAGCAUCAUCGACCGCACACCAGCAUCAUCGCAGCCCGGUCAAAGGUAUUUUGAAAACAUCCAAGAGUUUUGAAAAACAUGAAACGCCUGGCAUCAACAAGAGUACGAAGUUUGAUGAGAUUAAUGUACAACUGACGCAUCAUCCUGCCGACAAAGAUUACGGCCACAUGAAAAUCAAUGAACCAAAGACACCGUUCCAUUACGAUGAUGUCAAUGUCGACGAACUAGAUGCUAAUAUGCUGGCCGAAAAAUUGGAAAAAACGUUGACACACUCGCAAUUCGUUGAUCGAUCGGAUGAUGACAGCGAUGAGGAUCAAAUCAUUGAAACCGAAGAGGAAUUACAGAAACGAAGAGAUUUUGAAAGACGCCGUAAAUUACAUUAUAAUGAGUUUGAGGCAGUUCUACGAGCCCGUGAAUUGAUGGAAGAGGAUGAAGACGAUGAUGCAAACGCGCAAAUUGAAGUCGAUGAGCCGUCACAGUCAGCCAAAUAGAAUCAAAAUUACUAAUACCCUGGACCAAUUCUUCCAUACAAUUAGUUAAAACACUUUUAGAAGCAAUCUACGCCUUCAAUGUUUUCCAAUCAACACUUUUUUCAGGAUAGAAAAUACAAAUGUGAUUUUGUCAAAUUAAAAAUGAAGAAUGAAAAAUUUGCAGCAAUGCAAGACAAACAAAAACUUAUGGGAAAAACAUAAAUCAAUUGAGUAAUAAACAUUUGAAAUAAAAACAAAACUCACAAUUUACACCAUGAAUAUGCAUCAACAAGAGCUUCACACCAUUUUUUUUAUACAUAAAAUAAUAAAAAUUAGCGUUGUAAGAAUUGAUAGACAUUUCUAUGCGUGUACCGACUACCAACGUAGUGAUUAAGAGAUUGAUUUGUAAUUUAAUGAAGAGAUUUACUGCUCAUUGAAAAAGGAUAUGAAUAAAAUGAGACAAUAACACACCAUA